UUGACUAACAUCUUUCUUGUGUCUUCUUUAUAGCCUUAGUAGGAUUGAAGAAGCUAAAGGUGCUUGAUCUUAGUGAAAACCAAUUUACAGGAGAGAUCCCAAUGUCUUUGGGAUAUCUGACAUCUCUCGAAGUCUUGAAUUUGGGUUCGAAUAAAUUAAAUGCUUCACAUUCUUUGAAAGCUUUAGUAGGAUUGAAGAAGCUAAAGACGCUUGAUCUUAGUGGAAACCAAUUUACAGGAGAGAUCCCAAUGUCUUUGGGGUAUCUGAUAUCUCUGGAAGUCUUGGAUUUGAGCAACAAUAAUUUAAAUGGAUCACUUCCUUUAAAGGUUCUCCAAGAACUCACGAACUUGCAAGCGAUGCGCCUUGCAUAUAAUCAAUUCAGAGGGAGUCUUCCUCUAACUCUUGGAAACUUUACAUUCCUUCAAUAUGUUGACUUCUCUGGUAACUUCUUGGAGGGAACUAUAUCAAAGCAACUCUUCAAAGGGCUUGUCUCACUUCAAUAUCUAGACAUUUCCAAUAACUAUCUUUAUGGAGAGUUUUCACUACACUCUUUUUCCAACAUAUCAAAGCUUGAAGGAAUCAUACUUUCAAACAACGAGGGGCUAGAGUUGGACAUUAAUAGCUGGAGUUCAGUUCAACAAUUACAGUUGCGAAUUCUUAUGCUGUCAAGUUGCAAGGUGGAAAAGAAUACCAUUCGCACCCCUACGUUUCUCUGCUCUCAACACCAACUCGAAGCACUCGAUCUCUCCAACAACAAUUUAAUAGGAAACGUCCCUACUUGCCUACUUAACAAUAAUACCAAAAUGGAAUACUUGAUCUUACGAAGUAACAUAUUAACAGGGACAAUUCAUCUUCCCACUCAUCACAUGACUAUAUUUGAUGUCUCUGACAAUCUCUUUAGUGGUUCGCUCCCUUCUAACAUUAGUAUGGUUUCUCCGACUUUGUCAGUUCUUAACUUUUCCUCAAACAAUCUAAUAGGAAACAUCCCUUUAUCAUUUGCUAACAUAAGCCAAUUGUCGAUUUUGGAUCUUUCAGACAAUCAUAUCUCAGGUGAAGUACCGGCCCAACUAGUGAAUGGUGGAAGUGAAUUGUUCAUUUUGAAGCUUUCCAACAACAAUUUGCAUGGGAAAAUUUCUGGUCUAAAUUUUACAAUUGGGCCAUACAUUAACUUAGGAGGUAACAAGCUAUCUGGAACACUACCAAGUAAUAUAGAUGGUGUAGGUGUACUUGAUGUCCAUGACAAUGAUUUGAGCGGUUUAAUCCCAGAGACCUUUUCGAACGCAACAGAAUUGUUUGCCCUUAUUCUUAGAGGGAAUCAUUUUGAAGGCCUAAUUCCACAAUGGCUAUGUAAUAAAACAGACCUUUACAUACUAGACCUCUCCAAUAACAACCUCUCCGGUUCUUUACCUCGUUGCUUCCCUCCAAACAUAUGGUCAAAUUCCAAUGCCAAUAGGAAGUGA